GAGCGAGAGCGCUGAAUUCCAGCCUCCAAAGAGCCGGAGUCAGGGCUCAAACUUUACGCACAAGUUUCCCCCAGGAGCAGACCAGCGCUGCGAGGUCAGAGACGCAAGGCUGAACUGCAUCUGAAUUUCUCAUCUGGAAUACUAUCUAGCCCGAAGAGACUUUUAUUUUGAAGAACUGACUUCAGAUUUUUUUUUUUUUAUUUUUUUUAUUUUUUUAACCUUUAAUGCAAAAUGGACAACCAGAGGGUAAUAUUAUUUCUGUGCUGGGUGAGUCUGUGCAUGGACAUCUGUUUCAGCCAGGAAGACUGCACAGGCGUGGACUGUCCCGAUCAGCAGAACUGCUUAGAGAGUGUUUUAGAGAAAGGUGCCUGCUGUCCCACCUGCACACAAAAGGGCUGCACCUGUGAGGGCUACCAGUACUACGACUGCAUCCAAGCAGGCUUCCGGAGGGGGAAAGUCCCAGAGGGGGAAUCUUACUUUGUGGAUUUUGGAAGCACUGAAUGCUCCUGUCCACAGGGAGGGGGGAGGAUAACCUGCCAUUUUAUCCCCUGCCCUGAAAUUUCCCCCAACUGCAUAGACAUCGCACAACCUGCAGAUGGAUGUCCUCAGUGUAGACGAAUCGGCUGCACCCAUGGCAACAAGAAGUAUGAGGCAGGACAUUCCUUUCAUCUAAAUAAGUGCCAGGUUUGUCACUGUCCCAAUGAAGGUGGAAGGUUAAUGUGUUCACCUAUACCUGGCUGUGACCUCCGCAGUCCUAAUAAGCCUGUGCAGGGUACCACCACUGAAAACAACAACCCUUUGAGAGACAUUAACACUCGUCAUGAUGGGCAACAAACGACUCCAGUUGGACCAUUUUCCAAACUGGCACUUGGAAACACUCUGCCGCUGUACAAACAGGACCCACCCAGUUUUGGCAGAGGGGAUUAUGACUACACACUAGCAGGGCCAACGUCUGCCACGAUCCAAAAUUUGGCCCAAGCACUGGAAUCUACUACACCACCCCCAUUUUACCCAGAGUCAAGCGCCACUUCCCUCAGCUCCCAGGAUUACAGGAGGCAGGAGUUAAGAGACAAACGGAAAAGCUCUCAUCCAGAGAGGAGCAGUGAGGCUGAGGUCACACAUGACAUGGAUCCAACCACUGCAAGAGCUCAAAGUGAAACAUCAACAUCGGUUAUGACAACUACUCAAAGAGUGGCCACAGAGAACCAACAGGAAGUCAGUGACAGACCCACGAGACAUAAUGGUGACAGAAACAAAGCUGUUAAAGACACAGCUCGUACAAACAAGGGGGCCAGACACUCCAAACAUAGUCAUAGUCAAAGCAGUCGCACAGGGAGUCAUGGAGGCACCCGAGCUGCUGGCCAUAAGGAGCAAGAUAAAGUGACUUUGGAGCGGAGGCAGCAGUCCACUAAGGAAGGGCAGGGAUCGUACCCAAAACUACAGUUCAGUCCAACCAACAGAGCCCCAGUCAGGAUGGACGAUGGAGGGCAGCCUCAAAGACAACCGCAAACCCUUCAUACCUACUACUCUCAGGAGGCAGGUGAAGAUCCUGAAGUGUCUGCUGAGGAGCUGGUGACAACCUGCUGUGAGACAGGAGAGAAAUGGGCUUCAGCAAAUGGUCACUGCAACAACAUGGAGCCACCCACAAGAGAUAGACAGUCCAUCUGCUGGACUGCCCAACAACAGUGCUGCCUUGGGUCCCUGAGAGAAAAUCAGUGUUCAGCUGGAAUAAAUGCAGCCAGAGCAGGAAAUAUGUGUCGAGAUGCCAACGAUAAAUGUGGAAUCAAUUCCUACAAGGAGUGCUGUGACUGCUGCUCUCUGGGGUUGCACUUCCACAGAGAGGGGCAUCACUGUGAUGCCCACCAGUACCUGGGCUUCCACUGCAGACACGUCUUUCUUACCUGCUGCGAGGGGGAGGGGAGCAGAGAUGGGACUCAGGACGGCUGGUACCCUGUCAGAGAAAGGCCUGCUGUCGAUCCAACGGCGGCGCCAAAAAAAGUAUCUGACAGUCCGUACCCUAAAGAGGCGUUCUCCAUCGGUGAAGAGCAGGACCGGGAGAAUGCAGUGGAAGUGGAGGACAUGGAUGAGUGCCAGAUUCAUGAUAUAUGCCACCACAGAUGUAUCAACAUGCCAGGCUCUUUCCGGUGUGAAUGCUUCCCUGGAUAUGUGCUGCAGGCGGACGCUUUCACUUGUGCCCAAGAGGCGACGUACGAUGACAACGGGCUGAAGGAGGACAGCGGCGCAGCAGUGGAGCCCACUUCAACACUUCCACCCCCCAACCAGCCCCCUGUCCCUCUCAACCCCUGUGAAGGGAACAGCCCAUGUGAGCAUCACUGUGCCUCAGUGGGGGGAACGCCACAGUGCUCCUGUUUCCCAGGAUUCUCACUGAUGGCUGAUGGACACUCCUGCGAGGAUAUAAAUGAGUGUUUGUCUGCGCAUGUCUGCCAGCCGAACGAACGCUGCAUGAAUACUGCUGGGAGUUAUAUCUGUCAGCGACUGAUCACCUGUCCCCCGGGACACCAGAUCAACAACGACAUCUGUGAAGAUAUCAACGAGUGUGUGCAGCAGAGUCACAACUGUGGACCUGGCUUUGACUGCGUGAAUACCGAGGGCUCGUUCAGGUGCAACGCCAAACCUCAAUGUCCUGUGGGUUAUAGCCGAGAUUCACAGGGCAGCUGCAUGGACAUUGAUGAGUGUGGUGCUUUGGCCCAGCCGUGCAGUCUGGGAUUUAACUGCAUCAACACGGUGGGAUCGUACAUGUGCCAGAGGAAGAUCAUAUGUAGCCGUGGCUAUCAUGCCAGUCCUGAUGGAUCCAGAUGUAUCGAUGUGAACGAGUGUCAGAGCAACCUGCACCGUUGUGGGGAGGGCCAGCUGUGCCACAAUCUGCCUGGUUCCUAUCGUUGUGAAUGCCAGACAGGCUAUCAGUUCGAUUCAUUCAGAAAGAUGUGUGUCGAUGUGAAUGAGUGCUGGCGCUACCCAGGCCGCCUGUGUGCCCAGACCUGCGAGAACACCCCAGGCUCAUAUGAAUGCACUUGUACCACUGGUUUCCGCUUAUCCGGUGAUGGCAAGAACUGUGAAGACGUUAAUGAGUGUUUGGCCAGCCCGUGCAGUCAGGAGUGUGCCAACAUGUACGGCUCCUACCAGUGCUACUGCAGACAGGGCUACUACCUGAGGGAGGACGGGCACACCUGCGAAGACAUUGAUGAGUGUUCCCAGAGCAUCGGCCAUCUUUGCACUUAUAAGUGCGUGAAUGUCCCCGGCAGCUACCAGUGCACCUGUCCUGAAUAUGGAUACACAAUGUCUCCAAACGGACGCUCAUGCAGAGAUAUUGAUGAGUGCACCACAGGGGCCCAUAACUGCUCUCUAAGCGAGACCUGCUACAACAUCCAAGGAGGGUACCGCUGCCUUUCUCUCAACUGUCCGCCAAACUACCGCAAAGUGUCUGACGCCCGCUGUGAGCGUAUCAACUGUCUCGACUACCUGGAGUGUCAAAACUCUCCUCUGAGAAUCACCUACUACUACCUCAGCUUCCAGUCAAACAUCAUCAUCCCAGCGCAGAUCUUCCGCAUCGGACCGUCUCCAGCAUAUGCAGGAGACAACGUCAUCGUCAGCAUAACCCAAGGAAACGAGGAAAACUACUUCAGCACCCGGAAGCUGAACGCCUACACAGGUGCUGUGUACCUGCAUCGACAGGUUGAGGGUCCCAGAGAUUUCUUGAUCACUGUGGAGAUGAAGCUUUGGAGACAAGGGGCGUUCACCACGUUUCAGGCCAGGAUCUAUGUCUUUAUCACAGCCAGCUCGCUCAGUUAGAGACGAAGCCUUUUCAGACUUUUCAAAUCACUAUUUAACAAUGUCAUAAAGUAUAUCACUGUCUUCUAGGGUCAGUUUGAGUUGUUAAUAUUGCUAAUGUUAUGUUGAAGUUCAUAUAAAAAAACGUUACGUUAAAAUGGUGGAAUACUCUCAGAGAAUAUGUUUUUUUUUUUUUCACUGUACUUGCAUAAUAUAAAACCCUAUAAUUUUAAACACAGCCCUUUAUAAUUAAAAUUCUGGACUUGAAUUAGGAGUGAAACAAUACACUCAACUCGAUACAUUAUCUAUCACAAGAAAGAGUUUGCAAUAUAAUAUUAUCCUAAUUUUUACAUUUAUUUUUGGUUUUUAAGCCUUAAUUCAGAUUGGGGAGUGGAUAGAUUCAGAAUUGGGAGAGAAAAUGGGAAUGACAUGCAAAAGAGCCACAGGCUGGAUUUUGGCCACAUGUCAAAUAUUUAAUGGAGAAAAAAAUAAAUUCUGUUUUAUUAUUAUUAUAUUAUUUAAUUUCAGUUCUAUGACAGUAAAAUGACAAAACAUAAUUUUCGUCUCUGCUUCUCUUUUCCUUAGCUAAAUGCAGAGAGCUCCCUCAGAUGGCUAAAAAUAGUAUUGCAUUUUUUUUCUCUUACCAAUUUAAAUUGUUCUUUUUUCGUUUUGAUUUUUCAUUGCAUUUUAAGGAAUUAUUACAUCCUUGAUGUGCAGUGCUCAAAAAAUUAAUUUAAAAAAAUGCAGAAUAUUUUCAAAACCAGUUAAAAUUUAAUUCGGAAGAAAAAAUUGUUGUAAUUUGGAAAUAUUCAAUUGCCAUUAAUUCAUAAAAAUAUCAACAUUUUUAUGCAGCUACCAUUUUAUCUUGAAAUUUCACUUUUUUAGUACUUCAUACUGGUUCCUGGUUAUAAUACAUUACCACUGUCAGACAGUGUUUGUAGGUCACAUUUUGAAACAUGCUUUCUUCUGCUAUAUAACAGAAGAAGAAGAAAGCAUCAAUGUAAAGUGGCACAACUGUAGGGUUACAGAUUACAGAGAUGCUAAGACAUGGAUAAAGAUGAUAUCAAGGGGAAUGCCAACAAAACACCACAUCUGCUUUAAUUAAAAGCUGCUGUUUUGUCUCCUGCUCUACAAAUACAUUUUAAAAUCAGAAUCUUUUGUUAGUUGUAUAUUUACUCAACCAAAGCACAGAGCUAAUUAGGAGGACAAUGUGGCUGCACAUCAUCCAGUGGGAGGACGAGCUCUGUGGGAUCCUGUAUCCUAACAAGUGUUUCUGUAGUUAGCACUGAAUUACAUCUAACUUAAACAUUAUGUUCACCUUAUCAAAACAAAGUUAGAUCGUUUCAGGGCUACCAUGAAAGUUUGACUUACUCAUUUUUUGUUAAGUUCAUACCCACAGAGAAAAUGUUUUUAUCGCUUACAAGGAAACUUAACCAGGUGGCAAAAGAUAGAUUAAAAUGUCUGGUUGGGCCAGACUUUUAUAACACAUAGACCAUUUUCUGAUCAGGUAUUAAUGUAUGAUCUUUUGUCAAAUAAUAGUAAUGACUCAUUGUAGGACAUCACAGCUUUUUAGCAUUAGAGUUUAAAAAUCUGUGUUUGCAGCCUACAGGUGAGGAAAAAUGAUUUAUUCUGUCCUAUUCUAUUAAUUCAGUACUUAUCAACUUAAACGGAUAUUUCAGUAUUUUUGCAGUUGGGUCUGAGAUACUUGGCAAUAAUGGCAUUAUCCUUCAGUGAUUUCAAAGAGCACUGCCCCUUUAAACAGGAGGCACUAAAGGAAGCUAGGCUGUACUAUGUAGCAGACGGGUAUAGUUUCACUGCAUACUUUAGUUGGUUUAAGAUAAAGAUGGGCCAGAUAACAAUGCUGGCUCAACUGUACACUAGAUUGCAAAUUUGUGGAGGGUUUAAUUUUUUUUAACCCAGAAAGCCUCUGUGUUUGCAGUGUUUGGCAAUGUGACCUUCAGCUACUGGCUAUGUGUUUUUCUGCCUUUCAAACAUUUUCGAUACGGCGUAAAAAUUGAGUCAACAUUGUUUGGGGGUUUUAAGCCCAUUUUUCCUUAAACUUGCCAAAUUACACAGUGAAACUGUACCCAUCUGCUAUGCUGUUAGCCUAGCUUUUCCAAACGCAUCCUGUUUGUUCAUUGAAAUCACUGGAGGCUAAUGCUGCUACUAUUGCAAAGUACCUCACACAACCCAACUUAGAAAACACUGAAACAUCCCUUUAAGAAUCUAUCAAUUUCUGUCAACACUGUUGCAUUAAUAUCACUAAAGCAGUCUGUUCAACUUGUCUUAUCAUGUAAUAAAACAGAUUGAUUCCCAAGUUGAAAUUUCUGCACCAUCACGCUAAAUCUGUAAGCCCGGGCAUGCAUACUUUCCAUUAUGCAAAUUCUAAAUGGACUUUUCUAGUCAUUCGACUACUCAAAGCACUUUUACACCACAGGGCCCUGUCCAUUCACACCCUUUUAUUCCAUUCACAACACUAACAACAGAGGUUGCUAUGGAGAAUUGGCCAUCACUAUUAGCUAAUCUUAUUCACAGGCAUCCAUACCUAUUUACACGCCACUGACGAAGCAGUGAGAAUCAAACCAUCAACCUUCCAAUUGCAGGACUAUCGACUCUGCCUACUGAUCCACAGUCACCCCAUUGCUAUAUGUAUUAGCACCAAGCUAACAAGCUCAGAUGGACAUCCCCAUUCUUCUUGGGGAAAUUUGUAUAAAUGCAGAUUACUUUUGAGCUGUAAUUUACCAUAAACAAUGAAGAUGUUUAUUUUACAGUCACAAUGAACUAUCUCCUUUUUAAUAACAAGAUGUAAGUGACGCAUAAAGACAAUAACCUCCAGCCUCUGCUUUUCAUUUCCUACUUAGAGCCUUAUAUGCCACUUUUCUGCUCAUAUCAUCCUGUUAUUAUAUGCCAUGUAAUUUAAAACACUGUGGUGAAAUCAGAAGAACAUGUUAUGUAGAAGAAGUCUCUAUCACAGUGCACUGAAAACUCGAUUCUACUUCUCUGUGCUGCUGUUUCUGUUGAAGUAUUUUAUAUUAUAGAAUUUUAUAUUACUCCUCAUGUUGUAUUUUUGUAUCAGACACAUUAUGGAUGGAUGUAUCAUAUUUUUAAUACUAGAUUCUUACGCUAAAAAUAUUUUAGUAAAAUAUUUCAAAAUAACA